CUGACGGUCUGAGAUCAUUACCCAAGCACUAACUUCCGGUUUUAAAGUAAUUUUAAAAAAAGUUAAAAAAGCAUGGUAUUUACUGAAAUAUCCAGUUCAAGUGACUUUAAUAGGCUUUAUGAAGAAAGCAAAAGUCAAUUGCUUGUUGUCCAUUUUUGGGCAAGCUGGUCCAAACAGUGCGUCCACAUGAAUGAAGUUUUGUCCACAAUAGCAGCAGAAGAGAAGUUUCAAAAUGUUGCGUUUACCAAGGUUGAAGCAGAGACUUACCCAGAAAUCUCACAAAAGUUCAACAUUGCUGCAGUACCAACUUUUAUCUUUAUCAAGAAUACAACAGAGGUGGACAGAUUGGAUGGUGCUGAUGCUCCUGAACUAAGCAAGAAGGUUGAGAAACAUGCCAAUUCUACAAUAACUCUGCCCUCACAGCCUGCAGCACCUGUACAGGACCUUAAUACAAGACUGAAAACUCUGAUAAAUAGUGCCCCAUGUAUGGUGUUCAUGAAGGGAGUUCCAGACCAGCCUAGGUGUGGCUUCAGUAAGACGUUAAUGCAGAUUCUAAGAGAUAAUAGCAUCAAAUUUAGCAGCUUCAACAUAUUGGAAGAUGAAGAAGUCAGACAAGGUUUAAAGAAAUUCUCAGAUUGGCCUACCUAUCCCCAGGUAUAUGUGAAUGGAGAGCUGAUAGGGGGACUUGAUAUAAUCAAGGAAAUGGCAGAAUCUGGCUCUUUAUUGGAAAGCAUGCCAAAACAAGAAUCACUAAAUGAUAGGUUAAAAUCUCUUAUCAACCAGAGUGAUGUGGUGCUAUUUAUGAAGGGAGAUCCAGAAACCCCACGCUGUGGGUUCAGUAAACAAACAAUAGCAAUUCUGGAUGAAACAGG